AUGUUUAUUGGCAAAUUGAAGUCAAAGCAUGUCAAGACAAAUGCUGCAAAAGAAGGACAGGGAGAACAAGAACAAGAGCAAGAUGAAGCGAAUGAAGAAAAAGCAACAGCGGCAAUAGCAGGAGAAGAUGAAGAUGCAGAAGAUGAUGAUGAAGUUGUUGAAGACAAGGAAAAUGAAGACAAAAAAGAAGGACUGCAAGGAGAAGCAGUUAGCAAUGUUGUUGAUGACGACGACGAAGAAGAAGAAGAUAGAAGAAUAAGAAGAAGGCCAACAAGACAAACAUAUGUAAGUGUCUUUAUUUGAAG